AUGGGCCGGACUCAAGGGUUCCUUGUCCCUGGAAUGGAUUGUCUCCUUUGCAGCCUACACUGGUCAGAAGGCUCGAAGGGUGAAGAAAUAAAGAAGUAUGGCCGGGAAGGGACACCACUGAGCAAAUACAACCAGCAGUACCACAAGCUGUUUAAAGACAUCCCCUUGGAGGAGAUGGUUCUCAAAGUGUGUUCCUGUGCCCUCCAGAGAGACCUCCUUCUCCAUGGCCGGCUCUAUAUCUCUCCAAACUGGCUCUGCUUCCACGCCAGCCUCUUUGGCAAGGAUGUCAAGGUGGUCAUUCCUGUGGUAUCUGUACAAUUGAUCAAAAAACACAAGAUGGCGCGACUCCUUCCCAAUGGACUGGCCAUCACCACCAACACCAGCCAGAAGUACAUCUUUGUGUCUCUGCUCUCCCGGGACAGCGUAUAUGACGUGCUGAGGAGGGUCUGCACCCACCUGCAGCCUUCCAGCAAGAAGAGUCUGAGUGUGAGGAAGUGCCCCGAGGAGGUGGAGUGCGAGUCUCCGGAAGUCCUUAUCCCUGAGAUGAAGUGGAGAAAAGUGUGCCCAGCCUCCACUUCCCUGUCACUCCCCGACAACAUCUCUUGUGUCUCCCGGAUACCUACAGACUCCACAGAUAGCUGCUUCCCCUCCAGAAAGCCUCCAGGGUCUGAGGCCGUCUGUGAGGAAGAUGUGUUGGAGGAAGAGCCCACCAUGGACCAGGAAUUGAGGCUGUGGGAUUCUCGGCUUCUCAAAGUCAUCUUUGUGAUGAUCUGCUUCUUAGUGAUGUCCUCAUCCUAUCUGGCAUUCCGCAUCUCCCGGCUGGAACAGCAGUUAUGUUCCUUGAACUGGGGCGGGCCACUCCCAGGACACAGGUAACAGUCGCUCGGUCUUCAUCCCCACACCUUGUCCAAGGAUGCUCUGGGUGCUGUCUCUACCAACGAUUCCUGGGGUUUAUACUGCAGCUGUGCUGAGAACGAGUAUGAAGGACAAUAUUCUAGAUCUUUCCUCCAGCCCCUCCCCCCAACACUUCUUCUCCCAGUGAGUGAUCUGAAGUACCUGUUUACAGAUUAACUGGCUUCUACAGUUUUUGGACUCAAACAAAAUGUUAGAUCUUUUGUUUUUUAAUCAGUUGAGGAGUUCUGUACACUAAGCCUCAGCAACCACUUAAAUGAUAGAAAACAUAUUAACUUGUUUUUUUGAGAGCAGUGGUUUUGGCACACUGACAGAGCCCUGGGGGCCUCCUCCAGGGACAAAGGGCAUGCUUUGAUACCUGGAUUGCUGCUUGCUGUCACAUGACACACUCCAGUGAGUGUAGGGGGAUGUGGGGGUUCGGGGAGUGACAGAGGCACAGCCUGUCUCUGUGAGCUCUGCUGCUUCCCCACACCCUGUGAGCUCACGUGGGCCUCUCAGAAUCUUUGCUCUGGAGCCCUCAGGACUUCUCUGCAUGGAGCCAGGCGCUUUCUCACCUGUGAGAAAGUUGGACUGUAGAGAACAGAGCUCACGGCAGGGGGUUAGCAAGAGACCAAACUUAGUGCUCUUAGCUGAGCUGGGGCUCUGGGCUGGCCAUGAACUUGGAAAGAGGCUUUCUGCAGGAGAGGAUUGGGGUGGGGCUGAGAUUGGAGGCCCCAGAAUCCCCAUUCUGCAACAGCCCUCACUUUGGUAUGACAGGUGGAACAGAGACUUUGGUAUUUGGUACUAGGUCUAUUCCCAGUGGUCACAGACAUUUCCAAGGUCCUGGAUAUAAGCAACGGAACAGUGAGGAAUUUGAGGUCCAGCUGCUGGCCUACUUCCUGCAUGGCCAACUGCACUUCCAGGGCAGCUUGGCUGGAUGGUGGGAUCUGACAGUGUUGGGCCACAAUCUUGGCAGAGCUCACUUAUGUCCAUAGGCCAGCCAGUCUGUAGGAUCCAGUAAUCAUAAAUAAGAUAGAGGUAUCCGGGUGGGACAGGUUCAGUGAGAGACCAGGUAAAAUGAUCUCUCCAACCCCUUGGGAAGAAGAUGGGAGGUAAUGAGAUGGGUGCCUCCUGAUGGUUUUUGCCAUAAAGAGUCUUCCUCUGUCUACUCUUCUCUUAUAAGAACUCUGGUUCAUCUCCUCAGGACUCUCAUCUGCUAAGACAGUGCCUUAGACGGUUCUAGAAGGGCCUUAGGGAGGAAGCUGGAGGUAUCAUGGGAAGGCACAGGUGGUGGGUGGGGUGGCACUAGGAAUAGCCACUGUUUCCCCCUCUGGUGCCAGGAGGUUAGCUGGGGGAGGAAACCCAGGUGGAAAUCACUGCAGAGCUGUGAUUGUCUCAUUGAGGACAAAUCCAGACAGGACUGGAGAAAGGACAGUAGGUGAUAACUCCCUGAGCUCGGACUAGAGGUCUCUGCAUCAUCCCCCUGCUGUAAGUUCUGGAACUGAAUAUAGAGCCCAGCCUUGUAUGUUGUUUGUACCAAAUCUUUACAUCUCAGGUGAAACCCAGUGUCCCCUUGGUUCUCCUCCCAGGGCACCCCGUCAAAUGCCCAUCCUUUAAUGCCCAUCGUCUUUGUCUUAACCACUCCCCAUCAUAAUUUCCCAUCGAGUUCUCAUGGAAACAAUUCUCAUUGUCCCGGGACUUUCCCUCCGUGGUCCCUGCCAGAAGAUGGGAGAACAAAUCCAUUCUCUAAGCCUUGCUAGGUUGAGCCAGGGUUCAUGAGAGGUGUGCCAAGUCACAGGUGGCCGUGCCAACAUGCUGUGGAAAGCCAGCCAGACCAAGGCUCAGAAAGGGCAGGAGACAGGCUGUAGGGUAGCUGGCUUUGGAGGUAAACUUGGGGCCGGGGCCUUGAGUGAUAUAGGUGUGUCCAUCCCUCUGGAGGGUCGUUCUUUCCUUCACCCCUCUAUCCCCACACCCAGCUCCUCUGGAGGGUCUGCCUGUCUGCCGUGACUGUUCCCCACUGCACUGGCUAAUGCUCUUCUGAUUCCCAGAGGGUCUGUUUCAACAAGAGUGGGUUGUUCCACCAUGGCAUUAGCCUCUGAACUUUAAA